CGGCUCAAGAGUGGAAUUUCACUUCCUGUAUCUCAGGUGAGUCACCUGGGCUAUGUCGUUGAGUCCGUGGUUUUUGCCGACAUCAAACAGGUUAAUCUCUUCUGAGUUUCAGUCUCGUAAAGCGUCAGAUCAGUGUGGUAGCACUCAGAUACGUCUUGUGGAAUAUCAGGAAGUUGUUAGUUUCUCGAGAGUUUAAUCAGAGUCGACUGCCGAGGAGGAGAAGUGUUGUUUAGCUUUGAGGCCUAAACUGGUCUCUCUUUUUAGGUUGUUUUUUGUUAUAAGUUUUCCCAACUGUGGCUGUUUAUAUAUAUAUAUAGAGAGAGAGAGAGAACCGAUUUCACUUUCACUUCUGGAUUUUAUUUGCGUCAAUUUGCCAUUGUGGGACUCUUAUUUUAAAAUAAUGUAUUCAUUAAUUAAAGGACGAUCGGGUGCGUGUGCGCUGCUGCUCUCGUUACUUGUUGUAACCACCGCUGGUCAGCUGGUUGGUGAGGAAUGCUUGGCCCAAUUCGAGAAAGGUCGGGAUGACUUUGUGCUCGAUGCCGACGGAUCUGUGAAAGACGGAGCGACGUUUAUUUCGUCGCCGAAACUGUAUCGACACAAGGACUGCGUGCAAGCCUGCUGCAAAGAUUCCAGGUGCAAUGUCGCCUUCAUGGAGGAGGGAGAGGAGGAAGGCACGAUCAGCUCCUGCUUUCUCUUUGAUUGCCUGUACAAACAGAAAUACGUUUGCCACUUUGUUGGGAAGAAAGGAUACGACAGUUACAUCCACAAGAGCAUUUUUACCAGGUAUCAUGUUAAUCACCCCGACCCAGAUACUGAUGACCGUCGUCCAGUGGCUGAUGGAGGUCCGGGCCAGGUGAUCCAGCCUCAUGAAAGCCUGGUACUGAAUGGUAUGAAAAGCAGAGAUGACAAAGGGAUUGUGUCCUACAAGUGGAAAAUGCUCACUGAAUAUCUAUAUGCUGUCUAUGAGGACAUCCAAUUUAAAGACCAAAUGGUUGUUUCCAACCUGACAUCUGGGAAAUACAGGUUCCAGCUGACUGUUACGGAUACUAUCGGCCAGUCGGAUUCAACCGAUGUUAAGGUCCUCGUCCUCACUCCUGAGCAGUCUGAGCACCACUGUAUGGCUCCGAAGAAGGCUGGACCGUGUCGCGGCUCUUUCCCUCGGUGGCAUUACAAUGGCGCCGAAGAAAAGUGUGAGGAGUUCUUAUUUGGGGGCUGUAGGGAGAAUCUCAACAACUAUCUCACCGAGGGCGAGUGCGUUAAGGCCUGCCACGGUUCAGUAAAAGGAUCUGGUAGAGGUUUACCUAUUCAUAAAAAUCAAGCAGAAAAAUGCGGUGCUCCGUGUAAUGCGACACAAUUCACCUGUGCUAAUGGUUGCUGUUUGGAUCCUGCACUUGAGUGUGACUCAACACCACAGUGUACCGACGGCUCUGAUGAGCAGAACUGCGACGAGUUGAAAAACAACUUUGAGAUUCUGCGGCAGAUUCCAGUCAAUGAAAAAAAAGCACACUGCACAGAAACUCCCGACCCAGGAGACUGCAGGGACAGUAUGACUAAGUGGUACUACCAACCCAUCGAACAGAAGUGUUUGCGCUUCAACUACGGUGGCUGCGGAGGAAAUGAUAACAAGUUUGAGAAUGAGGAGGCCUGUCAAGACUAUUGCCGUGGUGUCACAGAAAAUGAUGUAUAUUUAAGAGAAAGACAAGAGAGCGAAACCAGUGAGAGUAACAGCCAAACAGCCAUUUUAGCGUUAGCUAUCGUGUUGGGUGUGGCUAUUGUCAUCGUUCUAAACUCCUUUACUAACUUGUGUUACAAGUUCAAGAGUUUACCAACAAUUUCCAACUUCAGCAGUGAAAAUGAUGUAUAUUUAAGAGAAAGACAAGAGAGCGAAACCAGUGAGAGUAACAGCCAAACAGCCAUUUUAGCGUUAGCUAUCGUGUUGGGUGUGGCUAUUGUCAUCGUUCUAGCCGUCCUGGCGUACCACUUCCUAAAGGGAAGGAAGUCCCAGCACCAUCGUCUGCCUGCCAGUAAUGCAACGUACACCACGAUGGAGCCGAGCAGAGACGCUCUGGUCUACAAUAGCACCACCAAACCCAUCUGAUCGAUGAGAAAAGACAGGCUGGUGUUUGGUUAAGGUUGAGAGUUGGAGAUGUAUGUUUUUAAAGGUAAUGUACAGCCAAGGAUGUCUUGGACGUCAUCAGUGAUGAAAUGUAAGGUUUCAUUUGAUUUUUUUGAUUUUUUUUUUUUUUUGAGUUGUUGGAUAGCAGUUUGUGCAGGCUGAUAGGAAAGUAUUUUUAAUUCUUUGAAAGUAGAUUUCCACAGGACAUGAUCAAUUUUAACCAUACCCACCCCCAAAAGAAAAAGGUUCUCUACAUGUUCAUCGUUGCAUUAAAUUAUGUUAUAGCUCCGUGUGGACAGUUUAAUUACUAAAGUCUACAUUCUUAUCAGGCCCAAACUGGCUUCUUUCUACAAAGUAAUGUUCCUGAUUUUGUUUUUUUGUUUUUUUUACAACUGAAAUCUGGGAAAUUUUGCGGUUAUGUAAUGUCAGUGAUGUUUUAACGCCACUGACACUGCAUAUCUGCCACUGCGGUUGCUUUAAUGCCGCCUUCUUUACUCUGUCCAAUUUUCUUUGUAUUGUGUUUUACAAACUAUUGUUACAUACUCCCAUGGAUUUCACAUGAAUAGUUAAUGCUAUAAAUAUUCAACACUUUACCCUGAAGUUUCUUGGUUGAUCAUCUUUAAAUAUUUGUUUUUAGAACAAGCAUCAUAUAUUAUCAAUUCCUUAUUCACACUUUAAAAAAUACACUUGCAGUUAAUUAUUCAGCAUAAAAUGUACAUAUUUGCUGGAUCGUGAUGUUCUUCCUUAAUAAAAAUAUUAACUCACUUUUAUUUGAGAAAUCUUUGUCAUGCAAAACACAUCGGCUGUCUCGUUUGAACACGUUUCAGUUUUCAUUUAGUCAGCUCUUGCAACACUGUCUUGUGUAAUAUGCCGCACGCUUUGAUUUGGGGUUUUUUUUCCAUGAAAUGAGUAUUUCAGACUUCUGACGCUGCUGCCUGUCUGUGCAUGUGUAGCUGGGAUGAUUAAAAGAUUAGAUUUUUGAUUUUUUUAAAAAAAUAUACUUUAUGAUUAGAUCUUUUAUUGGUUUUUAUACAUUUACCAUAUUUCUUAUCUGGGCUCUGCGUGUGUAUCUUCUGGUAUGUGUUUGUGGUAAUACACACUAGCUUUCUAAGACACCCUUGGAGAGCAUGACACACUUCCUGGUGACUGUGUGUAUUUGUUAAAUAAUUUUUUUCGCAUGUUACCUUCAGGUGGUUAAAAGUCACAAGUAAUACAGUUUAUAAACCUUAUAAAAGUACCUG